AAACAUUACAAAACCAAGAUAAAAUUUUGUUUUUAAUCCAAAGGCCCAAACUUUGAAUUAUCAGUCAUCAUCACUAUCAAUCUCGCACACAAACACACUCUCUCUCUAGAACUGCACGGACAACGACAUGCUUUUAAUUUCCAUGCAAACCCCUCCUUUCUUCUCAAGACAAUUUUGAAACUCACUUCUUCUUUCAUCAUCAUCAAUGGCGGCUGGUAAGGUCCGUGUGACAAUGGGGUUUCACAAAUCUCCUUCAACCAAACCAAAGGACAUGGCUACUCCUCUCCCCCUUCCUCUUCCCCCUCCGCCUCCUCACCUGCUUAAACCGUCUUCCGGUUCUGCCGGUAAACCGUCUCCCGUUUCUAAUCAGAAACCCGGUUUCGCUCGCUACUUCCCACGCGCUUCCGCUCAAGUACACAAUGCUUCUUCUCGUUCCGACCAAAACGCAGUCAUCUCGGAGCUUCGUGAGAGAGAAGCUAAGUUAAAGACGGAGGUUCUCGAGCUGAAGCUACUCAGAGAAUCCGUCUCCGUCAUCCCGUCCCUCGAGUCGCGGAUCGCGGAGAAGGACGGCGAAAUCGAGCGUUCGAGGAAAGAGACGGCGAGGUUAAGGGCGGAGAACGAGAGGUUACGGAGAGAAUUCGAAAGGAGCGAGGAGCUGCGGAGAGAGAGCGAGAGGAGAGAGAAGGAGAUGGAGGCGGAGCUUCGGAAACUUGUUUCGUCGAGUGACGACCACGCGCUCUCCGUCUCUCAGAGGUUUCAGGGUUUAAUGGAUGCGUCGGCGAGAUCCAGUCUGAUCCGGAGUUUGAAACGGGUCGAGUCCAUGAGGAACGUACCCGACCCGGUUCCGAACCAAGACAGCAAUAAAACCGGUUCUCCCGGUGACAUUUACCGGAAAGAAGAGAUCGAGAAUCUUUCUAUAACUAACUCGGAUGAACUCACCGAGUCAACCGUCAGAUCUAGGGUUCCCAGAGUCCCAAAACCACCGCCUAGACGGUCUUCUUCAUCCAACGGCUCACACGAUGCCACGGAGAAUAUCCCAGAUCCGCCGCCGCAGAGAACGAGUCCACCACCUCCUCCUCCGCCUCCCCCACCACUUUUUCGUCCACCACCACCUCCUCCGUCCGUUUCCAAAGCCCCACCUCCGCCUCCUCCACCUCCCCCGCCGAAGAGCUUAAACGUAGCGUCGGCCAAAGUAAGAAGAGUACCGGAAGUUGUCGAGUUCUACCACUCUUUGAUGCGAAGAGACUCCAUAAACUCGAGAAGAGAUUCCACCGGCGGAGGAGGCAACGCCGCCGCAGAGGCAGUAGUCGCUAGCUCCAACGCCAGAGACAUGAUCGGCGAAAUCGAAAACCGCUCGGUUUAUCUACUAGCGAUAAAAACCGACGUAGAAACGCAAGGAGACUUCAUAAGAUUCUUGAUCAAGGAAGUCGAAAACGCAGCGUUUUCAGAUAUAGAAGACGUGGUGCCUUUCGUGAAAUGGCUCGACGACGAACUCUCUUACCUGGUCGACGAGAGAGCAGUGCUGAAACACUUCGAGUGGCCGGAGCAAAAAGCAGACGCGUUGCGUGAAGCAGCGUUUUGUUAUUUCGAUCUGAAGAAACUCAUAUCGGAAGCUUCUCGUUUCCGCGAAGAUCCUCGUCAACCCUCAGGCUCUGCUCUCAAGAAAAUGCAAGCUUUGUUCGAAAAGUUAGAGCAUGGUGUUUAUACUCUGUCGAGGAUGAAGGAAUCAGCUGCCACAAAGUUCAAGACUUUCCAGAUUCCGGUUGAUUGGAUGCUCGAAACCGGCAUUACUAGUCAGAUUAAAUUGGCAUCCGUGAAACUAGCAAUGAAAUAUAUGAAGAGAGUGUCGGCAGAGCUUGAAGCCAUUGGAGGCGGUGGCCCCGAAGAGGAAGAGCUUAUCGUUCAAGGUGUUAGAUUCGCAUUCCGUGUCCAUCAGUUCGCAGGAGGUUUUGAUGCAGAGACAAUGAGGGCAUUUCAAGAGCUAAGAGAUAAAGCGAGAUCAUGUCAUAUUCAAUGUCAAAGCCAAACACAUCAACAUAAGCUUAUUUUUCGAUCUACACAUUGUUGAAGCAAUCUUAGCUUCAUAUAUCAACAUAAGCUUAUUUGUCUGUUAUUUUCUCUA